AUGGCUACCACCGUUUACGUGAAGAACGUCAGCGCCAAGACGGAAGAUAAGGAAAUUAAGGAUUUCUUUAGCUUCUGCGGCAAGAUCUCAACGAUCAACAUCACCCCCGAGGCCGGCGACCUCAAGUCCGCCACGGUAACCUUCGAAAAAGAAACCGCCGCCCGCACCGCCCUCCUCCUCAACAAAACCCAGCUCGGCGGCCAAGAGAUCCUCGUAACCGGCAACGACACCGACACCACCAGCCCAACCCACCAAGCCGACACCACCCGCGACGUCGACGAUGCCUCCUCGGUCCUAACCCAAGAGGAAAAGCCCCGCAGCCGGAUCCUUGCCGAGGUCCUCGCGCACGGCUACCUCGUCGCCGACACCGGUCUCCAGCGCGCCAUCGCCCUCGACGAGCAGCACGGCAUCACCAACCGCUUCGUCAGCACGCUGCGGCGCCUCGACGAGCGCACGCACGCCACCGACCACGCCCGCGCCGCCGACGCCAGCUACGGCAUUACGCAGCGCGCCAACUCGCUGUUCACGGGGCUCGGCUCGUACUUUGAGAAAGCCACUAACACGCCCACGGGCAAGCGUAUCGUCGAUUUCUACACUACCAGCCAGCGGCAGGUGCAGGAUAUCCAUAGUGAGGCGCGUCGUUUGGCUGAUUUGAAGAAGGAAGAGUCUGGCGGUGAUCUGUAUAGGGGUCUUGGCUUGGAUAAGGUGCUGGGCAAGUUUGGUCAGGGCCAGGGGGCGGCGGCUGGUGCGUCCGGUGCGUCUGGUGCAGAGAAGGAGGCGGUGCCUGGCGCUGCGCCGGCGAAUGCACCGGCUACUGAGUCGGCUCAGCAGCCGAUUAAGGAGGCGGGAACCGGGAACCCGGAGACAAUCCACUAA